AUGGCCGGACUGCUCCGGCCAGCAGUGACCGCGGUCCUCCUCUGCUUUGCUGUGCGUCUGAAGGCCAGCCCGGAGCUGUCCGGUGAGGUACCGGUGCGCAAGGUGCUGAGGAACCACACUGCCCACACCUGUGAUGGAGAGCAGCUCCUCAUCGUCUGCCCUCGCAAAACCACCAUCAGCAUCCUCGGGGCCUUCUAUGGGCGCCGAGUGCCCAGCACCAACCUUUGCCCCAGCCCCGACAAUGCCUCCCAGGAGAGCACCGAAUGCACGUCUGCCACUGCCCACCUGAAGCUGCUGGCUGAGUGCCAGGACCAGCAGUGGUGCCAGUUCUCAGUGCACAGCCAGGUCUUUGGGCCAGACCCAUGCCCUGGGACACACAAGUAUCUCAUCGCUUCCUACAAGUGCCGGCCAGGGAACCAUCGAGUCAAGACCGUGUGUGAGAAUGACAAGCUCAGGCUGCAGUGUCGACCAAAAUCCAUCCUGGCCAUUUAUUCUGCAAGUUAUGGACGAUUCCUGCGGGGCAAACCAGAAUGUGAUGUCUUGAACACUGGAGAACCCCAUAUAGAGUGUGUGGCUCCAGAUGCUCUGCGCAGGGUCUCCAAGAAGUGCCACCGCAAGGGGAACUGCACCGUGGCUGCUGACAAGGCCACCUUCGGAGACCCGUGCCUUCCUGGCAUGAAGAAGCAGCUGCGAGUCUCUUACACCUGUGUGCCCAAGCAGCUGCUAGAGGAGGUGGGCCCUGACACUUCGGACCCUUUCCUGCUCUCGGACUACAUACACGGUGGCUGGUACAAAGGCCCCAGGUUCUCCAGGCUCCAAGAAGACCGCAUGAUUUUUACUAGCUCUCUGGCAGCUUUUGCUCACCUUUGGGGUGUCCCAGAGAAAGUUGCCCUCUACUUUCUUUGUGGAGUCUCAGGAGGCCUCAUGCUACUGCUGUGCAUCAUCAGCCCCAAAACAACCUUCCUCCAGGAGGUGGGGGAGGCUCUCAAAGACCCAGAGCUGGGCAGCAGCUCAGAGCUGGGCAGGACCAAGCUGCAGGAUGAGCAGGAUGAAGACAUCCCUGAUGACAGCUCCUCAGACUCCUCCUUCCGCCGCCUCACCCGCACCUACCGGGCCACUGACAGCAUCUUCGGUCCCGAGCUGACGGCAGCUAUGGAGGGAGCAGUGGAGCACCAGGGCCACAGUGGGGAGGAGAUCUGGAUGCCCAAGGAGUCAAGCCCAUAUGCCAUACAUAAGAUCAAAUCAGCCACCAAAUAAGAACUGGAAGAAA